AUGAAUUUAAAAACAUUUAUUUUAUUCCUCUACUUGAUUGUUGAGGAGAUUCAAGGAGCAAAUUUGCCGUCAAAUGUUGCACCAAUUCAUCCAACAUCAACAAAUGUUGGCGAAAUCGCUCCGGCAUCGUAUGAAAAUGUUAAUGGUGUAAAAUACUCGAAUAUUCCUUUCUAUGAAAAUCCAAAAAUUUCGAAAAAAGGAGAAUCAAGCUCGAAAAAAGAAAAAAACGGUUUAGGAAAAGCAGGAAAAGUGGAUGAUUCGAAUAGAUUUUCCGUUUUGCGAGGACUGACAGAAGAAACCCAGCAGAAAAUGUUUGCUAAAACUGAAACUAAGACAAAAUUUGAAAAGAAAUGUCAAGAAAAUUGUAAAGAAGAGUGUGUUCAGGAAGGUAAGAGCAGAGCCUGCAUUUAA